AAAUUCUCCAAUAUUCCUCCGUUUUUCAAAGAACCAAACCGGAAUUUCCACCGGUUCAGGAUUAAACCGAUACGUUUGUUUCCUUUAAAAGAUUAGAGCUUUAUCGGAGAGAUAACUUGUUGGAGAAGACAAAAUGGGAGGUGCUUGUUCUUGUGUAUACAAAGAUGGUGAUAAGAAGAAGUUGAGAUCAAACGAUGAUAAGUCAAGAGGGUUUUCUGGGAAACUGAAGUCGAUGAGGAGAAGAAGAACCUCUGAUUCUUAUUAUUCAGAUCAUUACGGAAGCUCGAGGCGGAAAAGUUCUAAGCCUGAUGAAGUUGUUUUCAACUUUUCCGGUGAACUCGGUCCGAUGCCUCCGUUAAGGAACGAUUCCACCAAGUUUAUGCAGAGGAACUCGUUUAUGGGACGGGCUGGGGUUAUGGGGCUAGAGAAGGCGGUUGAAGUUCUAGACACGCUAGGGAGCAGUAUGUCUCGUAUGAACCCGAGCAGCGCAUAUCUCUCUGGUGUUACAUCGUCGCGUGGUGGCAAAGUCACUAUAUUGGCCUUUGAAGUAGCCAACACAAUAGCCAAAGGUGCUGCUUUGCUGCAAUCUCUGUCUGAAGAGAAUCUCAAGUUUAUGAAGAAAGAUAUGUUGCGAUCCAAGGGAGUUAAGAAGUUGGUUUCUACGGAUACCGCAGAGUUGCAAAUUCUUGCUGCUUCUGACAAAAGGGAGGAACUCGAUCUUUUCUCUGGAGAGGUUAUCAGGUUUGGCAAUAUGUGCAAAGAUAUGCAGUGGCACAAUCUCGAUCGAUAUUUUAUGAAGCUUGACACAGAGAACUCACAGCAUAAACUGCUCAAAGAUGAGGCAGAGGCAAAGAUGCAAGAGCUCGUCACUCUUGCCCGAUUCACUUCUGAAUUAUAUCACGAGUUGCAAGCUUUGGAUAGGUUUGAACAAGAUUACAGGAGAAAGCUUGCAGAAGUAGAGUCUUUAAACCUCUCUCGGAGAGGAGAGGGUAUCGUCAUCUUACAAAAUGAACUAAAACAACAGAGGAAACUCGUGAAGAGCUUACAGAAGAAAUCGCUCUGGUCCCAGAAUCUGGAAGAGGCAAGUCUAAAAGACAAUGAAGGGAAGCAGGGAAGAGAACGAUUAGGUGAAGCCGGUCUUUCGUUACACUAUGCUAAUUUAAUCCAACAAAUUGAUAGUAUUGCGUCUCGACCAUCAUCACUUCCUUCUAAUGUAAGGGACACGCUGUACAAUGCAUUACCUGCUACCGUCAAGACAGCUCUUCGUCCUCAGCUACAAACUCUUGAUCCUGAGGAAGAGCUUUCAAUCUCUGAGAUCAAAGCUGAAAUGGAGAAGUCACUUCAAUGGCUUGUCCCGUUUGCCGAAAACACCACCAAAGCACAUCAAGGCUUCGGAUGGGUAGGUGAAUGGGCAAAUUCAAGGAUAGAGUUUGGGAAAGGAAAAGGAAAAGGCGAGAACAAUGGGAAUCCAACACGACUUCAGACCCUUCAUCAUGCGGAUAAACCAAAAGUUGAUUCAUAUGUACUGGAACUAGUUGUAUGGCUUCAUCGACUAAUGAAGUCAUCAAAGAAACGAGUUCAAGGCGUUAAGCUUCAAGAAACCAACCAUGUCUCUCCACCCAACAAGAUUACCAUCUCCAAUACGCAACUAUCCCUCUCCCCUGACUUCACCUAUAAAAACCAACUCUCUCUAGAAGACAGGUUGUUGUUAGACAGAGUCCAAAGCAUAAGAUUUGGUCCUAAUCUAAGUAAGAGUCAAGAAUUAGUCGGCUUGAAGAAGAACAAGAAAGGAAUCAAGAUUUGGGCACUGAGUAGAAGUACAGGAAACUCUCCAAAAGUCGAUCUUUCGAGUAAGAACUCUUCUAGUGAUUUGGAUGUCCUUGAUGGUUUGGAUUUCGCUUUCCAUUAGGCGUAACGCGUUCGGUUUGAGAACCGGUUUUUGAUCCAUUCUUCUGUAUUUAUAGAUAAAUCUAUCAUUCUUGU